CAAAGGUUUCCGCGUGACCGCCACAGCAUGAGCAUCCCUGGCACGACCGUGGUCCUAGGCUACUGCGACUUGGCCGCGGCCGGCGCGCGCCUCCUCCAUCACAUCUACGUACAAGACGCCGCACUUCUCGAGAGCUCGCUGACCGUCUUGGGCCUCACCGUGGCCAUUCGCACAUAUGCCGAAACCAGCGUGAGCUUCGUCGUCGUCUGCGAUCCCGUGCCCGACGCGCUCUGCACAGCCUUUGCCGCCGAGCUCACGGACCUCCUCGUCGGUAAGCGCGUCGUGCUCCUCACGGCGCCCAACGUACCGCUUCCGAGCGCGGACGAGCGCUUCGUCUUUUGGACCCAGUUCCACGCGACCGCGCCGCUGAGCGGACUCUCGUCAGCGCUCUUUCACCCGAUUCCGCUGGCCAAGUGGACGCUCAAGGACGCCUUUCUUUGCGCUUGCUUGCAUUUCUUCCAAGUGGAGGCGCUGCCGCUGACGGUGCUCUUGGUCCGCGGCUACAAGUACACGGGGCGCGUUGCAGACGGCUCGGCUGAGGCCAUUGCCACGCUUGGCGAAGCGCUGCCUCUUGUGCUCCAGGCGCUGGGCAUGUCCACGUCGUUUGAGGUCGAUGCCAAGUCGGCGAGCGUUAUGAAGAUGCUUUCGAUGCACCAAGCUGCGCAUGGCGGCGAGUCGAGCGUCCUGUACAACUAACGCGACGGCUUUUACCUCGAUCCGACGAC